AUGGAUCAAAAUCCAGGCUAUCAAGGGUUCAGCCAAGGUUGGUCCAAUGGCCUGAACCCAUCUGCACCUUCCUUCGACCUCAACUCUGCCGAAGGUCAGGCUUAUCAACAGCCACCAGCCCAGUUUGAUUCCGUUCCCAGAUAUCGCCACCCCAACGCUCAGCCCAGUCCUGAUUCUAGCCCCAUAAAUAGCCAGCGCUCUCACAACAAAAAGAAGAACAAGCGUAACCGCAAAGGCCAAAGCGAAGGCGGCGGCACCGGAGGCGAGUACCUCACCCCCCGUCAAAGACGAAAAGCUGCCCGAGGAGCAGACCCAAACCAGCCCCCAGUCGGCGGUGGUGGUGGUCCCAACCAACUCCCAAACAGCAACCUUCCCCCCAAACCCCCUCCCGGCCUCUCCCGAGACAUGGACAGAGCUCGCCUACCGGCGCAAUCAACCCUUCCCGACCUCCUACCUUUUGCCCCAUCCGCAGAGUCAGGCGGCGUUCCCGUUCCUACGGAAGCCUACCUCGCCCGCGCCAACAUACCCCCUGCCCCUUCCCCCUCUCCGCACUCAUUACUCCUCGUCAUCGACCUCAACGGCACCCUCCUUCAUCGACCCCACUCUAGGAGAUCUGACCACUACAUUCGCCGUCCUCAUGCGGAGAAAUUCGUGACGUACUGUAUCGACACAUUUUCCGUCGUCAUCUGGUCUUCUGCCCGACCAGAAAACGUGGAAAAGAUGUGCAGGGAUUUACUGACGGACGACCAAAAGCAGAGGGUUCUGGCCAUGUGGGGAAGGGAUAAAUUCGGGUUGACGGCUAAGGACUACAACAGAAAGGUACAGGUGUAUAAACGGCUGGAGACGGUGUGGGGGGAUCAGCAUAUCAACCCCUCUGGAAUGUGGCACCAGGGGAACACGGUGCUGAUUGAUGAUUCGAAGGAAAAGGCGAGGAGCGAGCCGCACAAUGCGGUGACGUUGCCGGAGUUCACGGGGAAUAAGGAGGGGAGAUGGGAGGGGCAGGUGUUGCCGGCUGUGCAUAAUUACUUGAACGAGCUGGCCAAGACGGAGGAUGUGAGCAGGCUUAUGAGGGUUCAUCCGUUUAGAAUGCCUAUGAAUAGGGAGGAGAAGCCUAUGAAUGGGGAGGACGAAUUUUAG